GCUCCACUAAAAAAAGAAAAGAAAAAAGGUUCAUAGUUGAAUCUUGAACGCAUUGUGACAUUGACAACAAGAGAGGAGCUACCAAAGUUUUUCCACCACUACUGUAGUGUGAGCGAGAAGAAUGCGUUUGACAAAGUUCCUGUCAAUGGCCGCUAAGGCUACUCUUCCUAAAGACUACCGUCACACAACAAAUCGACCUUGGACUAUAGCUGCAAGGCGACAGAACCCACCAGGCAAGAAGAGGAGAAAGGUCUUUGUAGAGCCCAUAGCUAACGAAGACUGGUCUGUUUUUAGAGGAGACACGGUUGAAAUUUUGUCUGGGAAGGAUAAAGGGAAACAGGGAAAGGUUACCCAGGUCUUCAGACACAGAAACUGGGUCAUCCUGGACGGCCUGAAUACACAUUUUAGGUACAUUGGUAAAUCUGAGGACUACCGAGGUACUUAUAUUGCCAGUGAAGCUCCCCUCCUACUCAAAGACAUCAAACUCAUCGACCCCAGUGACAGGAAGCCCACAGAGGUGGAAUGGAGGUUUACAGAGGAAGGAGACAAGGUCCGUGUGUCCCUUAGAACUGGACGCAUCAUUCCCAGACCACUGUUCCAGCGCAAAGAUGGUAUAAUAACACAACAAUGGAAGGAUUGUCCUAAAGACACUAGUCCAGAGGACUGUCUGGAGAAGACCUACACACCCUCACUAAAGACCCUAGAGGAGGAGGUCAUGGAGAAGCUGAACAUUCAGGAUGACAGGAGACCCAGGAAGUCCUACUGGUACUGAGCAGACAGCGUCGGGUUCAAAGGUCACACGGCCGUGUGGGUAAUGGUACUCGUCCUUCUCCCAAACUCACAUCCAGAGCGGUCACUGCUACAGAGGAGCUAGUACUGACCACCCUCUAUCUUUAGUGUUUUCAAAUUGAAGAAAUAUCAAACACGAUAAAAAGAAAUGUGCCAGAAAUGUGUUCCCUUUCAGUAACUCACUGCUCCUCGAUGCAUUCUAUGUGGAAUACAAGUCAGAUUAUGAUGCUAUUUAUAAUAGAUAUGCUGAGUUUGUCUCAGAAUUUCUUGUUUUUUAUAUCACAAAUUAAUAUGUGAAAUAAAUACACUGUUUAGGAAUGUUGUUUGAGACAAGAGGUAAAACACUGAAGGUAAAGCUGUCAUCUCUAUAUAUCAAUUAUAGGGAAUAAAAUGGUAUGACUGCAGUACACAACUAA